AUGUUGGGUUACAGUGCCAUUCGACGGCAGUUCAAGCGUUUCGAGCAUGUGCUGGAUGGAAUCAAAACACCCCGGCUGGUGGCUGUUGACGUCGGCAAAGAUGUCAACACCCUUGUGUUCAGAAAACGAGGCUCCGGAGACGACGCAUCUCUGGUCGAGUGCAGACCGCAGGGAAGAUUUCAACACACAGACCGCCGCGGUAGUGACGCAAGUAGUGAGGUUGGCGAUGAGUAUGAUAACGGCUCGGAUUCCGGAGACGACAACGCGUCACUGACUCUCCAACACGACGAUGGCAUCGUCAUGGCUGGCAUGAAGGAUUGGAGCAACUUCGUCUUUGGAGAUCCACUUUUUGCUCUCAAUAUCGGUCGUGAGCCUAGUGGUGAUUUUCUUGCGGGAUUCAACUGGUCCUCAAACACUCGACACACCAUCAUCUCAAUGUUUUCCUCGGAUCUGAUUGAGGACAAGGAGAGAGCUCACGUCCGCCUGCUGCUGUACGACUGCUACCAUACAAUCACGCACAUUGCGAGAACAUACUUCCGCCCGCAAAAGGACAUCAGCGGACGCGAGCUGGAGGCACGAAAGAGGUUGAACACUAUCCUGUCGCAGCUUGAUGCUCUUGAUGACGCCGGCACACGGAGGGGAAGAAGACCAAGUGGCGAAUCAAGCCCGGCCAAGAAACGGUCGAAGAGCGGGGAAUCGUCCGACUAG